AUGCGUGGCCACUACAUACAGGAGGUGCUGUUCGAGUUGCGUAAGAAUGUUGGUCCGGAGAUGGGUUGUGCCAAUAUUGGUCAUCAUUUUGCUGUGGCAGCAACUGGUAAGGAUGGUAAUGGGGUCGGGGUUGGGGUUGGGAUUGGGAAUAUUGAGGAUAUUGGGAAGAAAAGUGUUCCGGUCGCCGAGAACAGGUUGAGGGAAGAGGUGGACGGAAGAAUAUGGGAGGGGGUCGUACCCUCUAUCUCACUGGCCGGGAAUACUCCCGAUGUUGGACCAUAUGGAUGUCUUUCCGUUGAUGAGGGCGUCAGGUUUCUUUCAUGGGUGACUUUCGCAUCAAGCGGCCAAGAUAAGGGUGAUGCCGCUGAGUUGGAUGGGGGUGGGGAUGGGAGUAGGGAUGGGAGUAAGAAUGCGGGAGCAGGCUUAUUGAAGUUGAGCCCGGGGAAGGACUGGAUUUUGGGGAAGGAGAUCUUGGACGACGUUGGAGUUGGAUAUGGUUUCCACUUGAAGUGGGGGCGAGUCUUCACGGCAGUGCUCGUGGUACUAACAGAAGGGGGGACAUCGUCGCAUUCCUCCCGUGGAGUAACAGCGCUGGUUGUACUGGUCCCGGCAACGGCAGAGGUAGCAGCACUAGCGAGAGGCGCAGAGUCAAUCAAGCUCGUGUUGACGGAUGAAAUGGCCAUGGGAGUGACUCGCAGAGGGGACAAAUGCCGAGCAGUGAAGGAGAAAUUCUGGUAUCCUUGA